AUGGCAGAAGACCGUGCAGAGGUGCAGCUGUCGAUCAUAUCGCCCACGGGCUACACAGCGUCUACUUGUGGCUACUGCACUGCUCCCGGCUCCGGCAAGCGAAGCCAACACAAAUCCGCAAAGUCAUACGGCAUCUGGGCGCACCGUCUCUCGCCAUACCAUUACCAGAGUCUCAUCGACCGAGGAUGGAGAAGAUCAGGCCAGUACAUAUACAAGCCGGAUCUGCUCAGAAGCUGUUGUGCACAGAUGCCGAUUCGACUGGAAGCUCGCAACUACAAACCUAGCAAGAGCCACAGGCGUGCUUUGACCAAUCUGCUGUUUCGAGUACGUCAAACCAAGCUCAAGCCGGCCAAGUGGAAGGGAAGGUGGAGUAUCUCACGAGAUUGGGACAUAGAACAACGUUGGAAUGAGAUCACACCCUUCAACGCAUCACAGAGCGAUGCUUCGACGUCGUCGUUGGCAUGGGCGGACUCGGUCGCAGGACCGAUCACUCGUAAGCUUCAAGUUCGUCUUGCUCUGGCUGCUACCUCUGACGAAAAAUACCAACUUUUUCGCAAAUAUCAGGCCAAGAUUCAUGGUGAAUCUGAACAUGAUAUCAGCGAUGAACCAGGCUUUCGUCGCUUCUUGGUGGAUACGAGCCUUGUCUUGACUUGGCCUUCCACGGGCAAGCCGCUCACGCGCUCCGAACAAGUGGAAUGGCGAGCCAAGAGCUUUGAUCCAGCCUGCUUGCCCGACCAACUUGCGUAUGGCUGCUACCACCAAGAAUACCGAUUGGAGGAGAAACUCAUCGCCGUCGGUGUGCUUGACAUCCUACCAAAUUGCGUCAGCAGUGUCUAUGUGUUCUACGACCCAGAGUACAGCGAUUGGGAGCUGGGCAAGGUCUCGGCGCUGCAAGAGAUUGGCUUGACCUUGCGCCUCAGUCGGCUCAAAGCCAUGUCCAAGGUCGCACAUUACUACAUGGGCUUCUACAUCCACACGUGCCAAAAGAUGAAGUACAAGGCAAUGUAUCGUCCCAGUCAGGUGCUCGAUUGUGACAGCAAUACGUGGCACAACUUGACUGAUGUCACCAAGGCUUUGGACGCGAAGCGGUUUUUCGAUUGGUCGGAUGACCAAUCUCGGUCUCAAAAGCACGAUGGCUCACCUGACCAAACAUUGGACUCUGACGCAGAGCAGGAGCAGGAAGAACAUGUGGUUCGCCUGCCGACACGGCCACGUCCACCACCAGGCAUGCUCGAUGCUACUGCAAUCCUGAAAGCUCUCGAGCAGACAUUGCAUGGCGCCUGCACUGCCAACGAGCCUGACGUAGGCUGGGAUCUGUUACAGCAUGCCAUGGUCUUGGAAGUCGAGAGGCAGGCAGAGGGUAUCAAACCGCUCUUGAUAUCCAACGUUUUGCGCGACCAUGCGCAGAGCCGCCGGGAAAGUAAGAGUAACAAAGAUGCCGAGCUGGUACAAGUGGUCGAGUGUGUGGCGGCCCUGGCGAGUGCACAACUAGUGGCCGAGACGAUUUUGUUCAUCUGA